AUGGAUCGGGACAAUGCUAAUGCAACCCGUCUACGUGUCAAUCGUAUAGCAUUAAUUCAACAAAUUGAUACUCAAGAACUCAUACCUAAACUUAUUCGUGCUCAUAUUAUUUCUCCUGAUCAUGAUGUACAAUAUAUUAAUCAAGGUACAUCAAGAAUUGAUCGUGCACGUCGUUUAAUUGAUAGUCUUCUUAAAAAACAUCCUGACCAUGCUAACCGUCCAGCUAACUGGUUUUUAUUAUUUCGCAGUAUUCUUCUAGAAAAUCAAUCUGUCUAUAAUGAUCUUGUAACUGCGCUUGAUAAUACAAUAAUUCGAGCACCAAAUUUGACGCAUUCUAAAUCAUACUUAUUUACAAAUAGAUCAAAUGUUAGUCAAGUAAAUGAACAUCAAGAUGGUAUUAAUCAAGAUUCAAUUCAGAAAACUCAACAACAACAAAAUAAUGAACCAAAGAAAAAUUUAACUACGAUCAAUAAUUACCAACAUCAUAUAAAAAAUAUUGAAUUCGAUCGAUAUGUUAUGAAUAAAGUUGUAAUUGAAGGUAGUUUUCAAAAAGUUAUCGACAAUCUUACUUAUCAUUCACAAAUUCCUGAACAUUUAUUUGAUCAACUCUCGCAUUCUACUAAUGCUUAUGAUCAUGAACAACUUUAUACUGAACAAAAAGUUUUUGAUAACAUGUGUCGUAUUGAAUUAUUAAUUAAUUUAAUAAAACAAGAAAAAUCUUUAUCAAAUCAAAAUAUAUUUGAUACAGAAAUAAUUGAUUUACUUCUUGAUGAUACACUACAUCAACAUCAUUUUUAUAAAUAUUUCUUUUCACUUUCAUCUAUUUAUGGUAUACAUUAUGAUCAAAAAUUUGUUUAUGCAUUAAAAGAUUCACUUAAUACACAAAAUAAUAUAUUAAAUAUUGUUGAAAAAGGUUUUUUAUUAAAUCAAUUUUUAUAUAAUUAUGGACGAUAUGAAUUAUGUCAACAAAUAAUUGAAUCUAUUGUACAAUCAUUAACAAAAUUAGUUAAACAACAUAAUCAAAAAUCUAUUAUUUGGACAUAUUUAUUUCGUGGAUGUUGUGCACUUGUACAAACACAUAAUCAAAGUUUUCAAAUACAACAAGCAUGGGCAAGAAUUGAAGCAGCUAAUGAAAUUGCUGAUACUCUUAAAACAACUGGAAUAGAAAUUCCUAAUAAUGAAUAUGCUUGGUUUUAUUCUGUAAUAUCUCAAACAGCUUACGAAGAUGCAAAUUUUGAUGCUUGUAUACAAUAUAGUUAUAAAGGUCUUAAAUUAGUUGAUAAAAAUAAUCAUUCAUUAAUUAUUGAUUUACUUUGUUCACUUACACAUGGUUUGACAUCAAAAUGGAUUAUGAAUAAAGCACAAGCAACAGCUCUUAUGACUGUACAAUAUGCUGCGAAAUAUUGUGGUAGAAAUAGUCCGAAAUAUAUUCAUGCACUUCAACAAUUAGUGCAAUAUUCAAAUGAAUUUAUACAAGAUCAAAGUUCUGUUGAAUUAGCACAGUAUACACUUGAUCGUGCUCGAAUUGUUUACGGAUAUGAAUCACUAACUGUUGCACACUGUCAUCGAGCUUUAUCCAAAAGUUUAAUAAAUCUUGCUUCAAUAGCUAAUUCUCGUCGUAAAAUUCAAGAUCCACUAUUUGACGAUAAUUUUAAUUAUUAUCCGAAUAUAACAACAAAAGAUUUAUCAUCAUCUGAAUACCUUUAUCAUGCUCAUGAAGCAUUUCGUAUUGCUCAAGAUUGGUUUGGUGUUGAAGAUCGUAUACGUUUAUUUCCAUUUAAAAUGAGUUUAGCUCAUGCGUUACAAGCACAUAUUUCAAUUAAUUUAUCUGACAAAAACAAUACUUAUUUUGAAGAUGCUAUGGAAUUACUUAAUGAUUGUCUUUCGAUUGCACAAGAUAUAUUUGGCUCAAUGAGCUUUAAAGUAGCACAAGUACAUCGAUUACAAUCAGCAACAUAUCUUAGUAAAAAAAUGUAUAAUGAAGCUGAACGAGAAUUAAAUAUAUGCUUACAAAUCUAUAAACUUUGCUUACCACCAAAUAGUUUUCAUUAUCUUGUAACAAAUGCAAGUUUAGGUUUACUUUAUAAACAACAACAAAAUUAUGAACAAGCAUUAAUAUCAUUUCAAAAUAUUGCUGAAUCAUUAGGUAAAUUUUUUUUCAUUAUAAUUCAAUUAUAA